CAAUCGUAAAACUGCAAAAAGAAAAUCCAGCUAAUCACCAAACUAGUUCAACCAAGUAGGCUUUUCAUAAUUAGCAAGCGCAUACCUGAAAGGUUGCACCCAAACACCUUCACGUCAGCACUCCAUAUAGAUAUGAGAAGACGUUAAACUUCGUCCAUAUUCUUUGCAUAUAAUUAAUGAGCGCCCAUUUGACACUGUUACAAUUUGUCUCAAUACCAACAGUAAUAAAGUAAAAUUUAUGCGAUCCCACUUGCCGAUAAUACCGCUAUGAGCUUAUAAAUUGACGACUAGGACGAGUGUCAGUGUCAGAAACGCGCUAAUGCUGGUCCACUGCGCAUAGAACUUCUAUGGAACUUGGUGUUCGUCUACAAAACAAAAUGAAAUUCUUUCGAUUGUUGUUCGUUGUUGUUGUAAUAGAGAAGUCGUGCUUCGCAGAUGUGAUACCGUUAGAUGACACACAUGCUUUGGAUAUAUCUUUGUUGGAUAUUUAUAGAUCGGCACGCGAUAUCGCAGCUGGACUCGCGCAAGCUUAUGGGAAUCAAUUGACGGCGGACUAUUAUUUCAGAUAUAUUACGAAUAUGGUGCUGGGAUUUCCAUCGCAAAUUAGCUCGGCCGCAACGAACGUAAUAUGCUCAGCACUGUUGCAAGAGGAUGCCAUCAGACCGAGACCGAAGGAUAUACCGGACGUUGAAGACAUAUCAAUACAGGUGCGCACAGCUUGUGAUGUAAGACAGUAUCCGAUAAAAGAACUGCGAAGAGUACUGGACGAUCCCGAUUUCGACAUUAACAAAAAGGUAGUUAUCGCGUCAUCGGGUUGGCUCACCAAUGCCAACACUUCGAAUGAUGUGCUUGAGGGCGUCGGCAAAGCCUACCAUUGUCGUGGCGAUACAAAUUUCUUGAGCAUCGAUGUGGGUCGCUACAUACAAACGCUCUACUCGUGGUCUGCGCUUAACACGAACCGCAUCGGGCAACUACUUGCAAUCGCACUGGUGAAUUUUACAGAAGUAGUGCCGUUGGAAAAUAUACAUUUGAUGGGUCACAGUUUGGGUGCACAAAUCGUUGGCGCCACAGCGAGACAUUAUACACGCCUAACGGGUAGGCGAUUACCGCGUGUCACGGGCUUCGAUCCGGCUGGAGCGUGCUUUGAUUAUGGCCAAAGGCUGUCGACGCUUUCGGCCAGUGAUGCUGCGUUCGUUGACAUCAUAUACACUAAUGCCGGCAUUGCCGGUCAGGCCUCGCCGACGGCGCAUGCGAAUUUCUUCGUUGAUGGCCGUUUUCCCAUACAGAAUGGUUGCUACGAUGCCGUUUGCUCGCAUCAACGCUCUUGGCAGUAUUACUUGGAGUCCGUGUAUCCGGGUAAUGAGUACAAUUUUCUGGCUAGACCUUGCACCUCGCUUUUACGGCUGGAGCAGGGACGUUGUCAGGGUGCGGAAUAUCCGAUGGGCUUUGCGACACCGACAAAUAUACAGGGCUUAUACGUACUGAAGGUAAAUGCGGAGGAGCCGUACGGAAUGAAUGCUACUUCGACUCAUACAAGUCCGCAAAAGUCGUGUGGUGCUUGUGAGUCUUCUAAGGCAUAAUUUAGAAAUUUUUCUAGUUUACAUUAAAUAUUUUAUUUGAGAAUAUAUAUUUUUUUAAGUUAUGUGUGCCUUGAAUGG